AUGGAUGGACGUGAUGGAUCUGACGAUUCAAGCGAGGAUAAGGAAGGCGAUUUUUUAACGAAUAUAAGCAAUUUAGAGAACGUUGAAAGGUUGAACUUCGACUUUGAAGCUUAUCCUUUAAUUGAUUCUGAUAAGGAUGGCAUUAUCAACCUAUUAACGCAGAUUUUUUUGAGAGCUCCAGUUGAUUUAAAUUCAUUAGCUGAUAAACUUAUCCAACAGGCGCCGUUUGGAUGUGUAUAUCGAACAGCUGAAGAAUUUGCUGAUGAAGAUGGGGAAGAUUUAAUUUAUGGUAUUUUAUCUAUGGCGAGUUUAAAUAUAAAAUAUAAAUAUGCGAUCGAUAUAUGGGAUUUGUUAAAAAGUCGAGUUCAUAAAUAUAUUGAAGAAAAUGUUAUUAACCGACUGACAGAAUUAUUUAAUAUGAACGAUUCUGUUGGAUUAUUAAUAAAUGAGCGAUUUCUUCAUUUUCCACCAUCUAUUGCUGCACCUGCUUUUAAUUCUUUGAAAAAUGAUAUGAAAGCAUUUGAAGGUUUCUGUAAUUUCACAACUGUUUUAUUGAUAGUAAAAAUUCGAAUCGCAGAAGCAAUGGUAUCAUCUCAAUCUUAUAUUAAAAAGAAAGGUAAAAAGAUGGGAAAAGCAGCGAAGAAGAGGGCAGCUGCAGCUUUAAUUUCUAAUUCCGAUGUGAUUUAUGAUAAUGCUGAGGAGAAAUUACUUUUCCAGGGUAUUAUGAAUUUUGAUUAUUUCCAAUACCCAGUUCAUUCAGAGGUUGAGAAGGAAUCAAAAUUUGGCUCUAUCGUUGUCGGUGGUGUGACCUAUCGACCUUAUCGAAGAAUUUGCUUUUUAAAUAAUGAACAGUUUAAAAAUUUUGUUGAUAUUGUUAGUAAUGCAAAAGGAUUAUAA